CGGAAAACCCAGCAGCUCUGAAGAAGGUCAGCGCAAGAAACAAGCUGCUAUCUUUAAGCCUCAGCACUCUGCCUGGAGGAGAAUGGCAGCGGCAGGCUGGAUGUUACUGCUGGCUGCACUGCUGUCUCCAGCCUUCACUGAGGCUCACAACCACAGUGGGGAGACAGACACCUACCACGUGAGCGCCGGACACCUCUUCCUGCUGAAUUGCCUCUUUGUGGACGCCCACACCAACGUGACGUGGAGCAGAGAGGGGGGGCACGACCGGAGCCUGCCCACCGGAGUGGAGGUCCGGGACGGGUUACUGUGGUUCCUGCCUGUGCAGGUGUCUCAUAAUGGAUCCUACACCUGUGAGAAAAGGAACAAAUCUGGAUCACUGAGGGCAACGUUAAGGGUCUCAGUGUCCAGUGGAAAGUGUCCUGAUCCACCUGAAACCAAAUCCAUCACCCUGGGAGUCAGUGAACGUAUUUACUGCAAACAGGAUGAGAUCCUCAAUCUGAACAACAGUAGGAACAUUCGAUGGAUGAAGGACUGCCGGUCGAUGGAGCCGGCGGAACACAUCUCUGUGGGUGAGAGCGGCUCCAUGAGGCUGUCCGCCCGCUCAGAGGGGGAUGCUGGGAAAUACACCUGCCUGGUAGACAUCAGCUUGAACGGCAGGACGUACACGGCUGCACGCAGCAUCCAGCUGACUGUUAACAAAAAUACAGUUAUCUCAGCGCCUUCGGUGAUCUCCCCUCAACAGGAAGUGGUGGUGGUUGAAGAGGGUGCCAGAGCAGAGCUGAAGUGUAAGGCCUUAAUCGGCUUCAUGGAGGACAAGGAGACCUUGAUGUACUGGACCGUGAACGAUAAGGACUCCGAUGAACACGAGGAGCUCAAGGUUUCCUGUAGCUUUCAUCGCGACAGAGGCCAUGUGUACGGUCUGUCCAAUCUGUCCAUCUCUAAAGUCCGCCGUCAGUUCCUGAAUGUUCCCAUUUCCUGCUGUGUAGCAAACUCAGCCGGAAACAGCGUCGGCGUUGUGUGGCUUCAAGAAGCCGACCACAGCGCCCUCUACACCAGAGUGGCCCUCUGCCUCGCCUCCUCCCUGGCGGUUCUGCUCCUCGCUGCCUCCGUCCAGUUCUUCAGGGUGGACCUGGUGUUGGCCCACAGGAAGCUGUUGAGACGUUUUUCAAAGCAGGCUCCUGAUGGGAAGCUCUACGACGCCUACGUGAGCUUCCUCCCCCCCGGCGGCCCGAGUUCAGCGGAGACGGCGGCCUUGGCCCUGCGGAUCCUUCCUGAGCAGCUGGAGAAACAACACGGCUACUCGCUGUACAUCAGAGGACGGGACGACUGCCCCGGAGAAGCGGUGCACGAUGCCAUUGCUGCAACAGUCCGCAAAUGCCGCAGACUGAUAAUCAUCUUGUCACCAGACGUAAAAUCCUCCGCCGACGGAAAAACUGAGGAAGCUCCUCUGCGUGACGACCAGAACCAGCUGAGCUAUGAGCAGAAGGUUGGCCUUCAUGACGCGUUGACCCGGAAAGACCCGCGAGUGAUUCUGGUGGAAAUCAACGGUCCGGUGGAUUACAGCUGCCUUCCAGAGUCUCUGCGCUACAUCAGGAGGAAACAAGGAGCUCUGAAGUGGAACAAAACCUCCUGCAGAACCAACAAACUCAACAAGUUUUGCUCAAACAGAAACUUCUGGAAGAAUUUGAGGUACCGAAUGCCCUCGGUGCCUACGGGGAGAUUCCAGAGUGUCGUCUAAACCAAAGAA